AUGUCUACCUUCCAUCUCCAUCCUGUGUCCCACCCUCACUCCCCUUCUCCCCCCUCCAGCACCUCUACUGCCACUGCCCACAGUCCCCUUCCAAAACAAUACGUCCUCCGAGAUGUCAACAUCGCCCAUGAUUCCAGCGCUGGUCCUCGCAAGUAUCCGGCACCCCCAACUGGGCAUGAGCUCAUGGCACUCUUCCCACCCGCACCACCUGCGACCUUUUCCGACAUGAGACAUUCCACAAGCGGAUUCUUCCAGCGUCAAGAGCGCGCCUUUUUUGCUCAAGCGGGAAGGGAAAUUCUGCGAAGUUGGCCACCACAUUCUCCUGCCGAAACUGCCUCCUCUCCUUCCUCCCCUCCGUAUCCCCGUUCCAAGCCCCAUCGCACUAUGCCGGGCCCGCCUCCUCCAGCGUCUCCCCACACCGCUGCUCCCACGCCCGCCGCUCCCGCUAACAAUAUCAGUGCACCACCCGUGUCACAACCUGCGCCUUUGUUGUCGCCGCAGUCGCAUCACCACCCCCACGAUCAUCACCAACUUCCCCACCAUCCACCUCCUCACCCAUCACACCCCAGUGCACUCGGGCUACGUCCACCACACGACCAUCAUCACCAACCACACCCUCCACAACAGCCGCCAUCCAUGCAAGCUGGAGUGUCCAAAGUAGAGUUCCAAGUACCGGAGGACUACCGAGACGACAACGGGCUCGCCGGUGUAGGCCCAGGAGGACCAGAUGAUUCGUGGAGGAGGCCAACCCCCUAUUCGGAUCGUCGACGUGCGGGAAAACAUACUAGGAGGGUUUUCGUAAGAACUUGA